GCCGUCAUGUCGGCCCCCGCCGGGUCCCCUCACCCGGCCGCCAGCGCCCAGAUCCCGCCCAAGUUCGGCGGAGCUGCCGCCUCAGGAGCCGCCGCGUCCGCGGACCCAGGCUCCGCGCCGCACCAGCAGAAUGGUCCAGCCCAGAAUCAAAUGCAGGUUCCGUCUGGAUAUGGAUUGCAUCAUCAAAACUAUAUUGCUCCCUCAGGACAUUACUCUCAAGGACCUGGGAAAAUGACCUCAUUACCAUUGGAUACCCAAUGUGGUGAUUACUACUCUGCUCUCUAUACAGUACCAACACAAAAUGUGGUGACUCCUAGCACAGCAAACCAACAGCCGGGAGCACAGCAGAUGUACAGCAGGGGUCCUCCUGCCCCUCAUAUUGUUGGAUCCACUCCAGGAUCUUUUCAAGGUGCUGCAUCAUCAGCAUCCCAUUUGCAUACGAGUGCCUCCCAACCAUACUCCUCUUUUGUGAAUCACUACAAUAGUCCAGCCAUGUACUCUGCCAACUCUUCUGUUGCUUCUCAGGGAUUUCCCUCUACUUGUGGUCAUUAUGCUAUGUCAACUGUUUCUAAUGCUGUGUAUCCUAGUGUUUCAUAUCCCUCUCUGCCUGCUGGUGAUACAUAUGGGCAAAUGUUUACCUCACAGAAUGCUCCGACUGUUAGGCCAGUUAAAGAUAAUUCAUUCUCUGGUCAAAAUACAGCUAUUAGCCAUCCAUCACCACUUCCACCUCCACCUUCACAACAGCACCACCAGCAGCAAAGUCUUUCAGGAUACAAUACUCUAACGUGGUCAGCUCCAGGCCUUCCGUCUACUCAAGACAAUCUCAUCCGAAACCAUAUGGGAUCUCUGGCUAUAGCGAACAACAACCCAACAGUUACUGAUUCUUUAUCCUGUCCUGUUAUGCAAAAUGUUCAGCCUCCCAAGUCCAGCCCAGUAGUUUCCACUGUUUUAUCAGGAUCCUCAUCAACAAGAAAACCUCCCUCUGCAAAUCACCCAGUUGAGCCUGUGACCUCAGUUACACAGCCAUCAGAGCUGUUACAACAGAAAGGCAUGCAGUAUGGUGAAUAUGUUAAUAAUCAAGCUAGCUCCGCACCAACUCCCUUGUCAUCAACUUCCGAUGAUGAGGAAGAGGAGGAGGAGGAUGAGGAAGCAGGUGUUGACAGCUCUUCUACCACAAGCAGUGCUUCUCCAAUGCCUAACAGUUAUGAUGCCUUGGAAGGAGGCAGUUACCCAGAUAUGCUUUCUUCAUCAGCAAGCAGUCCUGCUCCUGAUCCCACCCAUGAACCUGAUCCUGCCCCUGCUCCAGCUCCAGCUUCAGCGCCAGCUCCUGCCGUUCCUCAGCCUUCAAAAAUGGCUAAGCCUUUUGGCUAUGGCUAUCCAGCGCUUCAGCCUGGUUAUCAGAACGCUACAGCACCACUUGCUUCUGUAGUACAGCCCAGUAACCCAGUAUAUUCUGGAUUCCAGCAGUAUCCUCAGCACUAUCCUGGUGUGAACCAGCUGUCCUCCAGUCUAGGAGGAUUGAGUCUUCAGAGUUCUCCACAACCAGAAAGCCUGAGACCUGUAAACCUCACUCAGGAGAGGAAUGUUUUACCCAUGACUCCUGUUUGGGCUCCUGUACCUAACUUGAAUGCAGACCUCAAAAAAUUGAACUGUAGCCCAGAUUCAUUUCGGUGUACUUUGACAAAUAUUCCACAGACACAGGCUUUACUGAAUAAAGCUAAGCUUCCUUUAGGAUUGUUGUUACAUCCCUUCAGAGACCUAACGCAAUUACCAGUAAUAACAUCAAAUACCAUUGUGAGGUGCCGAUCUUGUCGAACAUAUAUUAACCCCUUUGUAUCCUUCAUUGAUCAACGUAGAUGGAAAUGCAAUUUGUGCUAUAGAGUUAAUGAUGUUCCUGAAGAAUUUAUGUAUAACCCCCUAACCCGAUCUUAUGGAGAGCCUCAUAAACGACCAGAAGUUCAGAAUUCAACUGUGGAGUUCAUUGCUUCUUCAGAUUACAUGCUUCGUCCUCCUCAACCUGCAGUUUACUUGUUUGUUUUAGAUGUGUCUCAUAAUGCAGUGGAAGCUGGAUAUAUGACAAUUUUGUGCCAGUCACUCUUAGAAAAUCUAGACAAGCUUCCUGGAGAUUCACGAACAAGAAUAGGAUUCAUGACCUUUGAUAGCACUAUUCAUUUCUACAAUUUACAAGAAGGAUUAUCGCAGCCUCAAAUGUUGAUUGUGUCUGAUAUAGAUGAUGUUUUUCUACCUACACCGGAUAGUUUACUUGUGAAUCUAUAUGAAAGUAAAGAGCUUAUAAAAGACUUACUGAAUGCAUUACCAAAUAUGUUCACCAAUACAAGAGAAACACACAGUGCCCUUGGUCCUGCACUUCAGGCUGCCUUUAAAUUAAUGUCUCCAACAGGUGGCCGUGUGUCUGUAUUUCAAACACAAUUACCUUCUUUGGGUGCAGGACUUCUGCAAUCCAGAGAAGAUCCUAAUCAGAGAUCGAGUACAAAGGUGGUACAGCAUCUUGGCCCUGCAACUGAUUUUUAUAAGAAACUUGCAUUAGAUUGCUCAGGACAGCAAACUGCAGUGGAUUUGUUCCUUUUAAGUUCACAAUAUUCUGAUCUUGCUUCUCUAGCUUGCAUGUCCAAGUAUUCUGCAGGGUGCAUCUAUUACUAUCCAUCAUUUCACUCUACUCACAAUCCUUCACAAGCAGAAAAGUUACAAAAAGACCUAAAACGGUAUCUCACAAGAAAGAUUGGAUUUGAAGCUGUUAUGAGAAUAAGGUGUACUAAAGGUCUUUCCAUGCACACUUUUCAUGGUAACUUCUUUGUCCGUUCUACUGAUUUGUUAUCCCUUGCCAACAUCAAUCCUGAUGCUGGAUUUGCUGUGCAGUUGUCAAUUGAAGAAAGUUUAACAGAUACUUCCUUAGUGUGUUUUCAGACAGCCCUAUUAUAUACAUCAAGCAAAGGUGAGCGGAGAAUUAGAGUACAUACACUUUGUUUGCCAGUGGUAAAUUCACUAGCAGAUGUAUAUGCAGGAGUGGAUGUACAAGCCGCCAUCUGCCUUCUGGCAAACAUGGCUGUGGAUCGGUCCAUUUCAUCAAGUCUAUCAGAUGCACGAGAUGCCUUAGUGAAUGCUAUAGUGGACUCAUUGUCUGCAUAUGGCUCAACUGUCUCAAACUUACAGCACUCUGCGUUGAUGGCGCCCAGCUCCCUCAAGUUGUUUCCUCUCUAUGUUUUGGCCCUUCUCAAACAGAAAGCAUUUAGAACGGGUACAAGCACACGCCUGGAUGAUCGUGUAUACGCCAUGUGUCAGAUAAAGUCUCAGCCACUUGUUCAUCUGAUGAAAAUGAUUCAUCCCAACUUAUACAGGAUAGACAGAUUGACAGAUGAGGGUGCAAUACAUGUUAAUGACAGGAUUGUACCACAGCCACCUCUUCAAAAACUGUCUGCAGAGAAGCUGACAAGAGAAGGUGCUUUCCUUAUGGACUGUGGCUCUGUUUUUUACAUUUGGGUUGGGAAAGGCUGUGACAAUAACUUCAUAGAGAAUGUGCUUGGAUAUCCUAAUUUUGCAUCAAUACCACAGAAAAUGACACAUCUUCCAGAGCUAGAUACACUUUCAUCAGAAAGAGCCAGAUCCUUCAUAACUUGGCUUAGAGACAGCAGACCAUUAAGUCCAGUCCUUCACAUAGUAAAAGAUGAGAGUCCUGCCAAAGCAGAAUUUUUUCAGCAUUUGAUUGAAGACCGGACAGAAGCUGCAUUUUCUUACUAUGAAUUUUUGCUUCAUGUUCAGCAGCAGAUUUACACACAGUCUGGAUAUGGAUUUGCCUGAUCUGCUUGCAGUGUUUCUGCCACCACCACCAUCUGUGAGCUUACAGAAUGCCUUCAUCAUUGCCAUAUGACCUCCACAACAUUGCUUCUGAUCAAGGAACUCAUAGCAAAAGAAGUAUGACAAUGGAAAUUCACUGCUGUUACUACAUCCUAUCACCCUGAUAUGGUUUGGAUUUGUGUCUCUGCCCAAAUCUCCUGUCGAAUCCUCUCAAAUCUUCUCUCUGCCCAAAUCUCCUCCCCCAAUAUUGGAGGAGGGGCCUGGUGGGAGGUGACUGGAUUGAAUCAUGGGGGCAGAUUUCCCCCUUGCUGUUCUUGUGAUAGUGAGUUCUCGUGACAUCAGGUUGUUUAAAAGUAUGUUGCACCUACCCCAGAUAUCUCUUCCUCCUUCUCUGAUCACAUAAGACGUGGUGCCUGCUUCCUCUUUGCCUUUGGUCAUGAUUGUAAGUUUCCUGAGGCCUCCCCAGCCAUGCUUCUUGUACAGCCUAUGGAACGGUAAGUCAAUUAAGCCUUUUCUUUAUAAAUUACCCAGUCUCAAGUAGUUCUUUAUAGCAAUGCAGGAACAGACUAAUACAUACCCCAAAAAGCCGUUGACCUGACAGAAAGGUGGAAUGCCUUCUGAUGACUCAGUUACGGUAACAGUUGGAGUAUCAUCCUACAGGGUAUAGUAUAUGCUUUGAACGAGCAACCAACAUUUUUCUCCUGUAGCCAGACACGCAGGUCUGAGAAUCAAGAAUUGAAAGUGAAAUCAUUAUUUUAAUAUAGUCCCCAAAUUUUAGGGUCUUAGUUUACAAAGGAGAGGUGCUUAGUUCUCAAAGGGACACAGCAAUGUCUCCACUGUAUUGGAAGUAGUGAGUAUUACCUGGCCAUUUUGGGCUCCUUCUGUCAACAACCAGAAGGAAAGUGUUCCUGAUUAUGAAGAGAAAUUGAUUUGCUGUGACAUAACAGGGCAAGGAUGACAAUGUCUAAGAUCUAGAGGCUUUUCCAGAGUGCCUCAGUCCUUCUAUGUUCAGUACUAAAAGUUAAUGAAAUACAGUAGCCCAAUGGGUCACUGAUGAUUCAAACUCUCAAAAAUAAGAUUUGCAUCUUCCACCAGGUAAAGAAUGUCAACCAGCAUUUCUUUCUUUCUUUUUUUUUUUUUUUGAGACGGAGUUUUGCUGUUGUUACCCAGACUGGAGUGCAAUGGCGCGAUCUUGGCUCACUGCAACCUCCACCUUCUGGGUUCAAGCAAUUCUCCUGCCUCAGCCUCCCAAGUAGCUGGGACUACAGGUGCAUACCACCAUGCCCAGCUAAUUUUUGUAUUUUUAGUAGAGACGGGGUUUCACCUUGUUGACCAGCAUGGUCUCGAUCUCUUGACCUCGUGAUCCACUGCCUCAGCCUCCCAAAGUGCUGGGAUUAUAGGUGUGAGCCACCGCACCCGGCCUGUCAACCAGCAUUUCUUGCUGUGCUGAAGAGAAAUUAGAAGACAAUCUGAGAGGUGUAGUGGGAAUAAAUUUGAUAGUGGAAAGUCAAUUCUAGCAGUGGAUCUGUCACAUUGUGUUAGAUUGGCUGUAAUAGAAAGUAUAAGGGUUUGCAAGCCAAACAGAACAAAAUUUGAAUUACAGUUCUUCUGUAGCUGUGUGACCUGGGGCAAAUCUCUAAAUUUCACUGAGCCUUUAUAUCCCUACUAGAGAAUAAUAGUUCCUCGGUAAGAGUUUUGUGAAAAUUAUACGGAAUGAGUAUGUAAAGUUUUCUGUGCAGCACCUGGCUUCUAAUACAUACUCAAUAAAUGGCAGUCAAUUUCUUAACAAAAUAAUAGCACAACAGUAAUAAUAGUAAUAAUGUUUGCACAUUGAGCCUGCCCUUUGCCCUCCUAUCACCUGUCACUUUCCACCUUCACUGAAAUUAUUCCACAUGGUACAUGGAAAACCAAAAUAUUUUCAUGUGGACUGCUGCUACCUCCACUGUGUACUGUGAUCGAUGUAUUAACUGCACUUUUUUGCUUCAGACCAUCCAGAUCAGAUGGGUAUACAGAAAGAAGCAAGUAGUCUUAGUUCAUUACAUGCGCAUACCAUCAGACUUGAAAACUUGGUGCUCACCAGUAAGCCACAAUUCUGGUUUUGUUUUUUCUUUCUAUCAGGUUUAUUCUAAAAAGACUAUCUGAGGCUUUUUAUCUAUCUCUCUCUCUCUCUUUUUUUUUUUUGAGACAGAGUCUUGUUCUUGUUGCUCAGGAUGGAGUGUAGUGAUGUGGUCUCAGCUCACUGCAACCUCUGCCUCCCAAGUUCAAGCGAUUCUCCUGCCUCAGCCUCUUGAGUAACUGAGAUUACAGGCAUCCGCCACCACACACAGCUAAUUUUUGUACUUUUAGUAGAGAUGGGGUUUUGCCUUGCUGGCCAGACUGCUCCUGAACUCCUGACCUCAGAUGAUCCACCUGCCUUGGCCUCCCAAGGUGCUGGGAUUACAGGCAUGACCCACCGAGCCCGGCCUACCUGUCUCUUUAUUAAAAUAGUAGUUAUGAACUCAUAAACCUCUGAGUCUGUAAACAUGCUGUUCCUCCUGCUAAAAACUCAUCUUUACCUUUUUGUUUGGUUAGCUGCUAUGCCUCCUUCAGUUAUUAGUGUAUACUGAUGCCAGCCUGUCCAUUACCCCUAGCCUACGUGAGGUCUCCCUGCUCUAUGUUCCCAUAGGCCCUUGUAGUUUUCCUAUUAUAACCUUUAUGUCACUUUUCUUAAUUACUUGUUCACUAGGUGAACAAGCUUCUGCACUAAGUUCUGUGUAAGUAAGAACACAGAACUCAUCUUUAAAAAAAAAUUCUUGGCUGGGUGCAGUGGCUCAUGCCUACAAUCCCAGCACUUUGGGAGGCCGAGGCAAGUGGAUCAUGAGAUCAAGAGUUCGAGACCAUCCUGGUCAACAAGGUGAAACCCCGUCUCUACUAAAAAUACAAAAAUUAGCUGGGCAUGGGGGCGCGCGCCUGUAGUCCCAGCUACUCGGGAGGCUGAGGCAGGAGAAUUGCUUGAACCCAGGAGGCGGAGGUUGCGGUGAGCCGAGAUCGCACCAUUGCACUCCAGCCUGGGUAACAAGAGCAAAACUCCAUCUCAAAAAAAAAGAAAAAUUCUUGUCUCAAAUUUUUAAUAAUUUUUAUUUCAAUAGUUUUGGGGGUACUGGUGGUUUUUGGUUACAUGGAUAAGUCCUUUAGUGGUGAUUUCUGUGAUUUUGCUGCACCCGUCACCAUCACUCCAGCAGUAUACACUGUACCCAAUAUAUAGUCUUUUUUCUGAGUUGGAGUCUUGCUCUGUCACCCAGGCUGUAGUGCAGUGGUACAAUCUCUGCUCACCGCAAUCUCAGCCUCCUGCGUUCAAGCGAUUCUCAUGCUUCAGCCACCCAAGUAACUGGGACUAUAGGCACACAACACCACGCCUGGCUAAUUUUUGUAUUUUUAGUAGAGACGGGGUUUUGCCAUGUUGAACAGCCUGUUCUUGAACUACUGACCUCAAGCAAUCCACUCACCCCGGCCUCCAAAAGUGCUGGGACUACAGGCAUAAGCCACCAUGCCCGGCCCCAAUAUGUAGUCUUUUAUCUCUCACCCCCACCCAACCUUCCCCCUUUCCCCCUACCUGAAUCCCCAAAGCACAUUAUAUCAUUCUUAUGUGUUUGCACCCUCAUAGCUUAGCUCCCACUUAUAAGUGAGAACAUAACAUAUUUGGUUUUCCAUUCUGGAGUUACUUCACUUAGAAUAAUGGCCUCCAGCUCCAUCCAAGUUGCUGCAAAGACGUUAUUUUGUUCUUUUUUAUGGCUGGGUAGUAUUCCAUAGUAUACGUAUACCACAUUUUCUUUACUCAUUGGGUGAUGGGCAUUCAGGUUGGUUUCAUAUUUUUGCAGUUGUAAAUUGUUUUGCUAUAAACGUGUGUGCAGCUAUCUUUUUCAUAUAAUGUCUUCCUUUUUUUUUUUUUUUUUGAGUAAAUACCCAGUAGUAGGAUUUUUGGAUUGAAUGGUAGAUCUACUUUUAAUUCUUUCAGCAAUCUCCAUACUGUUUUCCAUAGGUUGGACUAGUUUACAUUCCCACCAGCAGUGUAGUUUCGCCACAUCCACAGCAACAUCUAUUAUUUUUUUGAUUUCUUAAUUAUGGCUAUUCUUGCAGGAGUAAGUUGGUAUCUCAUUGUGGCUUUAAUUUGCAUUUCCCUGAUAAUUAGGGAUGUUAAGGAUUUUUUAUAUGUUUGUUGGCUGUUUGUUUAUCUUCUUUUGAGGAUUAUCUUUAUGUCCUUUCUCCACUUUUAGAUGGGAUUAUUUAUUUUUUGCUUGCUGAUUUGUUUGAUUUCUUUGUAGAUUCUAGAUAUUAGUCCUUUGUCAGAUAUAUAGUUUGCGAAUAUAAAAGCUCAUCUUUUUUAUUCAUCACUCUACCAUCAGCCUAGAACAGUGUUUGGCAAAUCCUCAUGCACUAGUAACCACAAGUAUGUGUGUUUGUAUUAUUUUUCAAGGUAGAUGUAGUUUAUUUUUUUUCUUGAGAUGGAGUCUCGCUCUGUUGCCCAGGCUGGAGUGCAAUGGUGUGAUCUCAGUUCACUGCAACCUCCGCCUCCCAGGUUCAAGCGAUUCUCCUUUCUCAGCCUCCUGAGUAGGAUUACAGGCAUACACCACCAUGCCUAGCUAAUUUGUUGUAUUUUAGUAGAGACAGGAUUUCACUGUGUUGCCUAGGCUGUUCUCGAACUCCUGAACUCAGGCAGACCCGCCUCGGUCUACCAAAUUGCUAGGUUUACAGGCAUGAGCCAUGGUACCCGGCCUAAAAGUGGUUGCAGCUAUACUUAGAAGUCCUGUUUUAUUAUUAUAUAUUAAAUUUAUUCAGCAGACAUUUGAGAACCUACUAGUUAGGUGCUGGUGAUAGAGCAGUGAACAAAACAGACAAGGACCCUUCUGACACGGAGCUUACAUUCCAGUUGGGGGAGACAGGUUUUAAAAGUAUGUGUUGUGUCAGGUAAUGAUUAAAUGCUAAGAUGGGAAAAAAUGCAGAGUAAGGGCUAACUGACAGGAAGUAGAAGUUAAUGUAGCCAACCACAUUUUACAAGGCCUCCCAGGCUAUGGUGAGGGCUUCAGGUUUCACUGGGAGAGAGGUGCAAACCCAUUGAAUGGCUUUGAGUGAAGUUGCAAUCUGAUCUGUUCUUAGCAAGAUGAAUUCAGCAAACCUAUCUUAGGAAGCUAAAGAAGGCAAGGGUGGACAAAAUGAAUAAUUUGUGAAAAAAUCAGCUCCCUAGAUUGUUUAGGUGGAAGAUGUUUGGAUUAAGAGAAGGUUACAUUGCCCCGAAAUCUGGAAAUUAAUUACGGCAGCUUGGAUUAAUCCUUACUUGAUUAUUAUUAUAGUACUGGGUUUCUUUGCUAAUAUUUUAUUUAGGAUCUAUUUCAUCUACUUUUAUAAGUAAGAUUUGCCUAUAGUUAGCUUUUGUGGUGCUUGCUUGCUUGUUAUUAGCAUUAUGCUAGUUUAUUAGAUGAGUUGGAUAGCUUCCCAUCUGUUUUAGUGAUUUGGAACAGUUUGUAUAAAAUACCUAAAAUUUUGGUGUAUAAGGUAGGUGUUAUCUGUCCUAGGGGCCAUCUACCAGGUAGAUCACUGACCACUGUUUCAAUCAAUGACCAUUAUGCUAUUCACGGUCUCUUUUUUUUUUUAAUUUUUUUUUAUAGAGACGUGGUCUCGCUAUGUUGCCCAGGCUGGAGUGCAGUGCUAUUCACAGGCGCGAUCCCACUACUGAUCAGCAUGGGAAUUUUGACCAGCUCCAUUUCCGACCUGGGCCAGUUCAGCCCUCCUUAGGCAACCUGGUGGUCCCCCGCUCCCCGGAGGUCACCAUAUUGAUGCUGAACUUAGUUCGGACACCUGAUCGGCAUAGCAUAGCCCAGAACUCCUGGACUCAAGCGAUCCUCCAGCCUCAGCCUCCCGAGUAGCUGGGACUACAGACACGUGCCACCACGCCUGGCUCAGGGUCUCCUUUUUGAGCCAAGUUGGUUAGUUGUAAUUUGAUUGAUGUAAACAAUUAUUAGAGGUUAGCUUUUUCUAUCCUUUCUGUUAUGUUUAUAUGUUUCUUCUUUCCUUUUUCUUCAUUCUUGUUUCAGGUUUUUUUUUUGUUGUUGUUGUUUUUUUUGAGUGCCUUGUAAAAAGAACAAUUUUGGGGUUUACUGACUCGCUCUUUUUUUGUUGGGGGUGGUUGCUAUAGAGGAAGAGUAGAGGAAAUUUGAUUCAUUUUCUGCUUUACCUUUAUCAUUUCCUUCCUCCUACUUCCUUUAGCUAUAUUGUUGCUGCCUUUUUUCUAGCUUCUUGGAGUGUAAGCUUAGUUUAUUUUCAGCCUUUUCUGUUUCCUCAUAAAUUCGUUUAACACUAUACAUUUUCCUUAGUAAUAAAUAUUUUAAUGUUAAAAAGUGCCUUUUUGGUAUUCAGUUUGAAAAUAGUUCUGAACUUCCACUUAUUGGUAAUUUAAUUUAUUAAUAUUUAUACGUGUGUCAAAGUACUUAAAUUCCAAUGGUAAAGAUGGGGUAACGAUACUUUAUCUUUUCAUUAAUUUUUUUAUUUUGAGGGCCGGGCGUGGUGGCUGAAGCCUGUAAUCCCAGCACUUUGGGAGCCCGAGGCAAGUGGAUCACGAGGUCAAGAGAUCGAGACCAUCCUGGUCAACAUGGUGAAACCCUGUCUCUACUAAAAACACAAAAAAUUAGCUGGGCAUGGUGGUGCGUGCCUGUAAUCCCAGCUACUCAGGAGGCUGAGGCAGGAGAAUUGCCUGAACCCAGGAGGCGGAGGUUGCGGUGAGUCGAGAUCGCGCCAUUGCACUCCAGCCUGGUCAACAAGAGCGAGACUCCGUCUCAAAAAAAAAAAAAAAAUUAUUUUGUUGUGUGUGUACACAUUUAGUUUUAUUUUAACAAAGCAAUUUAUACACUUUUAACAUUUAAAACUGAGCAUCUUCUUUCCUUUACAGUGAAAUAAAAAAAUAAAAAAUAAACAGGAACGAAAUUACAAUAGAGACUGUCAGUUCCAAAUAAGAUCCUACAGGUUUUGAUUCUCCCAUUGAGUGUCAGGGCUCAAGUCAUCAUUAGGAGAGAAUUUAUUUUAAAAGUCUCAUCUUUUAACUGCAAGGAUGUCUGUCAAACAUCACAAUUAGACAUGCUAAAGGAGAAGCCAUGUUGUCAAAAUGCCCACUUAACCCACCCAAACAUCUCAAACCCACCCUUUGCUGACCUAUAAUCCCCACCCCCCUUUUUUUUGAGAUGGAGUUUUGCUUUUGUCACCCAAGCUGGAAUGCAAUGGUGUGAUCUUGGCUCACUGGAACCUCUGCCUCCUGGGUUUAAGAGGUUCUCCUGCCUCAGCCUCCUGAGUAGCAGGGAUUACAGGCGCCCGCAACCAUGCCCAGUUAAUUUUUGUAUUUUUUUUAGUAGAGAUAGGGUUUCACCAUGUUGUUCAGGCUGGUCUCGAACUCCUGACUUCAGGUGAUCUUCCAGGCUUAGCCUCCCAAAGUGCUGAGAUUACAAGCAUGAGCCACUGCACCUGGUAACCCCAUUUUUAAAAGUUAUUUUUUUCUUUUUUUAAACAAGAGAAAGUAGACAGAUACAUGUUGGUCAAUGCUAAGUGUCCGUAUUCACAUACAGACACAGUGUACUUUCUGAGGCCAAUAUUCAGAGAAAGGAGAAAAGAAGCUAGAAUUCUAUGCACUGCUACACAGGGGCCUAGCACCCUCCAGCUUCCAGCAGAGCGAAGGAAGCAGGUUUUUCUUUUUUCCCACCGAGCUCUAUGGUAUUGAUUCCAUAUAGUUUUUGUUCAGACAGGAAGGGAUAAAAAUGAAUUUUGCACAGAUAGGGGUAGAGACUCUUCCCAUUGUAUUCUGCUCAACGUAUUUCCCCCAAAUAAAUUGAAAGCCUUGGUGUAGAGAAAAGAGACCUCAAGAACAGGGUGAAUGAGAACAAGAGG